GACGGAGUGUCUUGAUGAGGGAGGAGACGCAGUUGGGGACAGCUGGCUAUAAGCAAAGACGCCAUCUCAAGGAGGGGCCAGGGGCGUCUGUUGCCUCCUUGUUAGCCUAUAAAAGGUGAGCGGUCAGGCAGGCGUCACCUCACACCCAGGCAGCCUUGUCGCCACACUCAAGGGACAGCAGGCUAUACCGUCCCCUGUGAGAUCCCGUCUCCAGGGCAUCAUCGAGGGAGCCAGAAGCAUGGCAACUCUGAGGGCGUGGCUUCUGUGCCUGCUGCUGUUAGCCUUGGUCCUCCCAGGAGCUUCCAGCCGAGCCCACCAGCACUCCAUGGAGACACGCACCCCUGACAUCAAUCCAGCCUGGUACACAGGCCGUGGGAUCAGGCCUGUGGGCCGCUUCGGCAGGAGGAGGGCAGCCCUGAGGGACGUGACCGUACCCGGCCUGCGGUGCCGGCUGAGCUGCCUCCCGCUGGAUGGAGGUGCCAAGUUCUCUCCGCACUGACGACAGCCCAGCCGAGCUCGAGCUCGUGAUGACAGUGAUGCUGGGCCCGACACCACCCGCCCCCUCCCUACAGAG